AUGGAAAAUUGCAUAAUGAAUAAAAGCAUUAAUAAUGAUUUUCUUUCGCAGUCUUAUUCGGAAGGUAUUAAAAGAAUUACCGGAAAGAAAGGCAGUAGCUUUAAUUUUCAAAUACCAGAAGAAUUUUUAGAAGUUCGAAAGACAGCUUGGGACAACUUGUUGAAUAAAUAUUCCAAGGAGAUGUCUGAUGAUAUAGAGGUAAAUCUUGAUUCUUUAGAACCUGUAGAAGAUGAAGAAAACGAAGUAGCUAGCGAGGAAGAGUAUGGUUGUGGACAGAGAGUACGUAUGCGUAAACCAGCAACUUUCGUACAGUACUGGAUAAAUACUGGUAAUCCACCCUAUAAGACUCUUCUAGAUGAGAACGAAUUAUCCGAAUCUGGCUCGUCUCUAAGCGAAAUAGAAAUUGCAUCUUUAUUUGUAUCUCCGGUCACAAAUGCAAAUAAGGGUACAAAAUGCAAAAAUGAUUUGUUUUGCAGUUCUGUAGAUACUGCGGCUUACGUUCUAUCAAACGCAAAUAUUACAAAGAAAGCAGAUACUGUAGCUAUUAUAUAAGGUGCAAAAUGUGUCGAGGUUAACUCCCUAAAGGGAGUUGCUAUUGAAGAUAUAGGAGUUUCAUCCAAUAAUAAGAUUAAAUAUAUGGAAACCACCAGAAUCAAUCGUGCGAUAACGCAUGACAAUGACAAUGUUAAUGUUGAUAUUUUGGAUACCGAACUCUAUCCAAUGUCAACAGAAUGUAUGACAGCAGAAGUAUGUGGUAAGGUGGCUGCUAGCACCUUAAUAUCUUCUAAUGCAAUACAAUCUAAUGUGUAUAGUUUAUCUUGUGAAGAAACAGAUAAAAGAGAUGAAUCUAAUAUCCGUCAAAGAAAUUCAAAUGUACAGACUAUAGAUAAUAUUGCAUCUAUUUUUCAAUAAUUUGAUAAAACGUCGAAACGAUUGAUCAUAAACGAUAAAAAUAAUGAUGUGUCAGAUUUAGAUCGAAAUAAAGUGUUAGAGAUGGAUUUUCACGAGAAGCAAGUGUCAGAAAAUAUCGUGCAUGAAAUUGUUGCAAAAAACACAAGUUUGACAACUCUCCAUCGUAAGAAAUUAUAUACAGGUAGGGAUUCCCCUGUAGACCUAAUACUAACCGAAACACAUGAUGCAAAUAGAUUAUCUGGAGUAAAACAAAGUUUACAUCUUGCUUUAGAUCUUGAUGGUACAAUUAAAGGAGGAUCAUUUUUAACUCGUAAAGGCAAAAGUAAACGUUUACUUUCUGCUAAAAGAAACCUCGAUUCUAAGACGAUCAAGGGAAAAGGAAGAAGAGAAUUCAAUUGUAUUUCCAAUAAAAUUAUUACAGAGAUUAUAAAAAAUUGUACAAAUACAAUGACGGAAAUGCAAGUCUUCAAUAAAAAUAAUGCUGCUGUUUGGGAAAAAGAAACCUCAAAUAAAUCUGAAAUACAUUUUUCUAAUCUGCAUGGAACAACUGAGAAAGAUAAUAUAAAACUUGGAGAAAGCAGAGUUUUAUUGGAACGAUUGCCAUUAUCAAUAAAAAAUUGUACAAGUACAAUGACGGAAAUGCAAGUCUUCGAUAAAAAUAAUGUUGCUGUUUGGGAAAAAGAAAUAUCAAAUAAAUCUGAAACGCAUUUUUCUAAUCUAUAUGGAACAACUGAGAAAGAUAAUACAAAACUUGGAGAAAGCAGAGUUUUAUUGGAACGAUUGCCAUUAUCACACAAUAAAAAAUUGUACAAGUACAAUGAUGGAAAUGAAAAAGGAAUAUCAAAUAAAUCUGAAACACAUUUUUCUAAUCUAUAUGGAACAACUGAGAAAGAUAAUACAAAACUUCAAGAAAUCAGCGUUUUAUUGGAACGAUUACCUGCGAAUGUAUGCCUUAAGGAAAACAGCAAUGUUACAAAUAUAAAUACUUUUCCUAAUAAAAAAGUUUCACAGAAUACAGGACUGCAACCUAAUCAUAAACGAGUAUCUAAAAUUAGGAAAAUUUCUAGAAGUUUGGCUUGUAAAAAUAAAGUUGCUGUUCCAUCAGUUGGUAAUAAUUAUUCAUCGAAGAUGAAUAUCAAAUCCAAGAAAGAUAAUGAUAAAAUAAAUGAUACAUAUGAUAUUGUCACACAGCGUGGAAGCCAAGUUUUUGAUAAGAUAGAUAAAGCAAGUCGAGAUGACCGUGGUAAAUAUUCAAUUUUAACAUUUACAUUAUCAGAUGAAGAUGAUUUUGUUCGAUCGAUACAACAUCCCAGAAAAAUGUCAAAAGUGUCAGCUAAUGAUAUAUUAGGUGAACCAAAUAUCGCCGAAAAAGAUUUGUAUGAUCAGAUCAAGCUGGUUAUUAGUGAUAAAGACAAAUAUAGUUAUAGUAGGAACUUAACUUCCGAAAUGGGAACUACUUCCUUAGAGUUACUUAGAAAUAAAGAAUUUGUGUUUUCCUCAAGUGAAGAUGACAAUGGUAAUGUUGCUGAUAAUUCAAAUAAAGUUAAGAAAAAAAUUUUGUUCUUCGAUAGUAAGGAAAAUAUAAGUAAUAACAGUCUGAGGCAUUCAAAUGGAGUGAUAAAAAAAAAUGGGAUAGAUUGUAAGGAUAAUGCCCACGUUAUAUUCUUCCAAACAAAAACAUUUGACACAAACUCUUCAAAUUCUGAAGAAAGCAAUAGUUAUACUUCAUCUACUCGUAAAGUGUUAACGAGUUCUACUCACAAUAGAUUGCGAUAUCAUGAUAGUAUUAAUUCAGAAGAAAUCUUUAAUGAUUCUCUUGCGAGGAAGUACAGUAAAAGACAUUUAGGCUCAUUGAAUUUUUCUCUUGAAAAGCACAGUCGAACGCACAAUGGAAGAACUAAAUUUAAAUCGAUCGACAAAGAAGUCAAAACGAAUAAACAAUUAGCUAAUAAAGAAUCUAAUAGCGAUAUUGAAUCGAGAAUCAGUGAUACGAGGAAAGAUGCAUCUUUCUCUUCUCUUAUAAACAAUAAACGAGUCACAUCUGUGCAAAAAAUAACAUUAUCAAAUACUUUAGGAAUACUUGAGGAAACUAAUCUAUUGAAAAAUAAAAAGAUCUCGGAAAAAUCUAAAAAUUCAGUAGCUAUUCAACAGGGUGUCCUUACAUCUACG